CCGGCCCUCCGGCCGUUCUCCUGCCCCCUCCCCUUCGUCCCGCCCCGUCCAGCCGGGGCUGCCUGGCUCCCGCAGGCCCCCGCCGCCCGCGUUCCUAUGGACAGACGCACAGACACCUGCAGGAAAGACACUUCUGAUCCUGUAACAUGGAGGAUUGUCUUCAUACCUCAUCUGAAAAUCUGUCCAAAUUGGUCAGCUGGGCCCACAGCCAUGGGACCAUUUGCAGCCUCAUUCCAAACCUGAAACAUUUGCUUUCUGAAGGUUCCCAUGGGAACCUGACCGCAAUGUGGGGCUGUAGUGCUGGCCAUGCUUAUCAUUGGCCACUAACAGCUACUUGUAGAGCUGGGUCCCAAGAGAGGGUCUGUUUCCAGGACAACAGAAGUUUUAACUCUGAUAGUCCCAGUAUAAUCGGGGUGCCUUCUGAGACACAGACUAGCCCUGUUGAAAGGUACCCUGGGAGACCAGUAAAAGCAAAGCUAGACUGUAACCGGACCAGAGACUCUUGUGACUUCUCUUAUUGCAGUGAACCCUCUGAACUGGAUGAAGCUGUUGAAGAGUAUGAGGAUGAAAACACCCUGUUUGACAUGGUUUGUGAGUCUUCUGUUACAGAUGAAGAUAGUGACUUUGAACCCCAGACUCAAAGACCUCAAAGCAUUGCUCGCAAACGGCCAGGAAUAGUUCCAUCUUCCCUCCAUACAAGUUCCCAGACACAGAUGGUUGAUGAAUGCAGCAAUGAUGUCAUCAUCAAGAAAAUCAAACAAGAAAUUCCAGAAGAUUAUUACAUUGUGGCAAAUGCAGAGCUGACUGGAGGGGUAGAUGGACCAGCCCUGUCCUUGACUCAGAUGGCAAAACCCAAGCCUCAGACUCAUGCUGGUCCGUCCUGUGUGGGGUCUGCUAAGCUGAUUUCCCAUGUAACAUCUGCCAUCAACACAGAGCUAGACCCACAUGGUAUGUCUGCAUCUCCUUCUGUGAUUUCCAGACCAGUCGUCCCAAAGACUGCUAGAGUAUCUCUGGCUUCACCAAACAGAGGACCCACUGGAACCCAUGGCACCAACCAGCAGGUGGCCAUGCAGAUGCCUGUGAGCACAUCCCAUCCUAACAAACAGAUCAGUAUCCCUUUGUCUGCCCUGCAGCUGCCUGGACAGGAUGAGCAAGUUGCUUCUGAAGAAUUCCUGUCCCAUCUGCCCAGCCAGGUCUCAUCCUGUGAGGUGGCCCUCUCUCCUUCAGUUAACCCAGAGCCAGAAGUGAGCUCCAGUCAGCAGCAGCCUCCAGUUGCUCCAACUAUAACUACUGAGGCCACCGCGCAGUGCAUACCAGACCAGGAUGAAAGAGCAGCUGAGCUCAGCAGGGAGCAGAAUGAGAAAACCAUCCGGAGCACACAGACUGCGCUCCGCAAUUUCCCUUAUUCUACUAAGCUCAACAAAUUUCCUGUAUUUAAUAUUAAUGAUGACUUGAAUGAUCUGUGUACCAGUGCAGUAAGCCCAAAUACUACCAAAGCCACGCGGUAUGCCCUGAAUGUGUGGCGAUAUUGGUGCAUGACCAACGGGCUCAAAGAUCAUACAGACAUCACCAAGAUCCCUGCAGUGAAGCUGAACGAGCUUCUGGAGAACUUCUACGUCACUGUCAAGAAGAGUGACGGCUCAGACUUCCUGGCCACCUCGCUCCAUGCAAUUCGCCGGGGCCUGGACCGCAUCCUGAAGAAUGCAGGUGUGGGCUUUUCCAUCACCAGCAGCACCUUCAGCUCUUCCACCAAGAAGCUCAAGGAGAAGCUGUGGGUGCUGAGUAAGGCGGGGAUGUCGGGCGCCCGCUCUCGCAAUAUCGUCUACUUCUCCCUUUCUGAUGAGGAGGAGAUGUGGCAGGCAGGGUGUCUGGGGGAUGACAGCCCUAUUACUCUCCUGUCCACUGUGGUCAAGUACAACAGCCAGUACCUGAACAUGCGGACGCUGCAGGAGCAUGCAGAUCUGAUGUACGGCGACAUCGAGCUGCUCAAAGACCCACAAAACCAGCCCUACUUUGCCCGGACAGACAGCGUCAAGCGGGAGAGUCGGAGUGGUUCCACUAGAGUGUGUCACGGGAAGAUCUACCAUGAGCACUCCAGGGGGCACAAGCAGUGCCCUUACUGCCUCCUCUACAAGUACAUGUACAUCCACCGGCCGCCCACCCAGAUGGAGGCCAAGUCUCCCUUCUACCUUACCGCCAGGAAGGAAGCCACAGACAUGGGCAGUGUGUGGUAUGAGGAGCAGAGGAUGGGACUGCGGUCUCUUCGAGGAAUCGUCCCAAACUUAGCCAAGAAGGUCAAGCUGGAAAACUGUGAGAACUUUACCUUCGUUUCAUUUACUCAGGUCUCCAGGAAACUCGGCUCCCACAGCUGCUGCCAGUGAGCCUGGGUCCUGGCCAUGACCCUGCUCCCCCUUUUAGGUGAGAGCUCCCCAGGUGGCCAUGGCAGAGUCAGCAGCACCCCAGAGCUCUGAAGAGGCAGCUGCUGACCCUGUGAAACUCCAUGCUUCUGCUGGUCUCCAUCAGUAUGGCCUGCUAUUCUCUGACCUGGAGUUUGUUUUUUAAAUGAAAGUAGAUAAAUCUGAAUAAUUUGGAUGUGUUAUCCAAAUGUGGGUUACCUUUGUUAAAUUGUAAAACCUAACAGUGUAUAACUGCUACAUAUGAGAGUGAGGAUAUUCAUAUUAUCUAGUGCCUUUUUAGCACAGGUUUUCUGGAAAAAAGAGAAAAAGGAAAAAAAGGAUACUGUUUAAGUAGUCAUUUUUAAAAAUCCCAGUAGCUCAGUAGCUUUAGAUGGUUAGGAAGACUAUACACUUUGUUGAAUUACAUUCACAAUAAAGAACUAGAAAGAGAGACAAACACAUUAGAGAAAAAUCGCACCUGACACCCCUUUAUAUUUUGUUGGUGGAUAACGGGUGGAGUAGGCAGCCUCGCUGGAGACAACUCUGGAGUGCUGCCGGGGAGGCGGGGCUGCUCCGUGAAAGAUCCAUCUCUGCUGUCAGUGUAGACAAUUAUGAAAAGAAGAUUAAUGCACCAGAAGUGUGUUUGGGAGACCAAGGUUUCCAGUGAACUAGAUGGUUCGUACCUUGAGGGAAUUUCCAGUAGUGAAAGAAAUUGACUUAGAAAAGCCACCUGUGAUCAAAAUGUGAAAACCUCCUGAAGCAGAAGUGCCUACAUCUUAGUUCUCAGAACCACAUUAGAGUGUUUUCUGUGUGAACAUAUUUAGUGUUUUUUAAAUCCCUUUUUCAUAUCUACAGUUCUGUCAGCAUAUAGCACUGGAUUUGUAAACAACUAAUGGUAACAUUCAGGCCCACCUAGGAAAAUCUAACAGAACAAGCUGCAAAGGAAAUAGAUCCCCAAAUCUAUUUACUAAAGAGCUUUCAGAUUUUUUUUUUUAUCCAAGUAUGACUUUUUCAGCCACAAUAGAUGUCAUCAUUUUAGGUUGGCACCAAUGCUUGGGACACUAUAAUCUAGGCAACCUACAAGGUAAGCAAACCCAACAGAAAGGACAUAGUUGUAAAAUCAGAGCAUAAUGAUAGGUUAUUAGUGCAGUUUGAAACCACUGCACUCAGGUAAAACUCAACCUGACUACAUGUUAUUUAAACAUCAGAAAUUUCUAAUAACUAUUCUGAAUGCAAUUAGGAGUGGAAAAGGAGCCCAAAGAGUGCUAAUUGAUAGUAAUAUUAAGUUCUAGGUAUCUUUAUUUUGUAUUCAAGUAAAGACUGCUAUAAUUUUAUACUAUUAUGUUCCUGUGUAUGCUUUCUAAUUCCAAAUUAAAAUUCCAAUGCAAAUUCAUUUUGUAGGAGUCUUAAAAUCCUAUUUCUUUUUAAAGCAUUAUCUUAGUAUUUAUUUUAAUUGUUUUUAAAAUCAUUCAUUGGUCAUUAAAAUAUGUGAUACUUUACCAGAGAAGACUCAACCAAUGCUGCCUUAAGGUCUAAAGUUGUUCCCUUUGUAGUUACUGCAAAUUUAUAAUUUUGUUUCCUAGUUGAUUUUUCUUGAGUAGAGAUUAGUUUUGGUGUAUCUCCAUCUGUAUAUAAAUUAACAGAUGAUAGUUAAUAAUCACUGUUAAAACUUGAUAUUACAUACUGUUCAGUUGUGGUUUCUUGUAGUGACUUUAGAGUUUUGAUUAAGAAGAAACAGACACAAAACAUUAGGUAUGGUUUCCUUUCAUUUGCUAAACACCCAAAGGAUAUUUUGUUGGUGGAAAGCAAAUGGUCAUUUUCUUGUCACUUCUGCAUUUAAACUGAAGUUUAAUCUAUGUGAACUUUCAGCAGAGCCUUGCAGCCCAAUUGUAAAGCCUCUGUUUUUUAUUUCAAAUAGAUUCAAGAAACAAUUGCCAUUAGGAAUCACUGAGAUCUUUUCAGAUUUUAGCAUUUCCAAAAGUAGCAAUAACUGAUCCAGAGGAUAUAAUCUUCCUAUUGGUUUAGCUGUCAGCCCAAUAACCAUCUCUGCUUCAGAUAUGCUGCCUGUCGCCUAUUUGAUGUGUCAUAAAUCCCCAGAGUUCUGAAGUGAAAGAUUAUAAUAAAAAGUCAGGGGGCCAAAUCUUCAGUGAGAGCCAAUGGAAUGAAAGGCCUGUCUCAGCAUCACCUGUCUCCCUGGGGAGUGGGUGUGAGGAAGAAAGCACAUCCACCUGUUGCUACCAGGUGUCACCCACUGUGAGGUUCGUUGCCUCUUGUGUACUUACUUGUAUGUGUGUGUAUACACAUGCUUCAGAUUUGCAUGUGGUAAAGCCUGGGAAACCUGCUAACCUGGCAGAGCGCCUGUCCUCAAGGGAUCUUCUGGGGGCCAGGAGAGCUUGUUUUGACUGUUAAGCUGAGGCCUUGUACUGUCUUUCUGGACAGCUCUUUACGAUCCCCACUGGACACCUGGAUUUUCUUCUCUUGACCUAGGCAGGACAAAGAUUCCAAGAGGAAUGGGAGGUUAAGACUUUUUUUUUUUUUCCGCUUUGGGGUUUUUGUACUCCCCAGUUGAAAUAAAUGUCAAGAACUUGCAAGUGUGCCUAGACACAAGUUGCCUCUGGCCCUGCGUGGGGAAUGGAGGUAACAUCUUCUGCAUCUGCUCUAAAAGGAGCUCUGGGAGCACAGGUUGGCAGAGAUGAUAGGUUGUCAAGUGGAUGGGUAAGAUCUGAUUAAACAUGAAGAGUUCUACACAGGCAUCACAAGCAUGCAGUGUUAGCUUUUUUAGUUAUUAACUUUUUAUAAUAUUAUUAUCCAGCUCAUCAGCAUUAUGCCACUUCUUGCAUUGUGGAGAUUCUCUCUUCCUUAAACUGCUAAACUUGGAAGAGGAAAUCAAACCUGGUAAUCUGGUCAAGUUAAUGCAUUUAUACCCUUGAAUUCUACCUCCAACACAACCAAGCCCUGAUACCUCACAUACAAGCAAAAACAAGGAAGAACAGAAAUGCCUUAAAAGGCUUUAUGGAAAGUUUUUCCAUUGUUUUGUGUAUUUGCAAAAAAAAAAAAAAAAAAAAAAAAAAAAAAAGGAAUAUUAUGGAAGUACCUAACCAAAGCUGUGAAAAAAAUGGUCUCCUUGACCAUGUGGCAUUGUCCAGCUUUCCUUGGAUUGUAUUGCAUUAGUCUGCCCUGACCAGUUAAUGGUGUUUGAAGAAAUGUGAAUGAAAUUCUGUUACUCUCAUUUUUAUUUUUAAUUCAUUGCUUAUUGAAAGCAUCAAGCACUAUCUGCAUGUUCAUAGACACAGUCAUUAAGGGAAUCGAGAUGAAGUACUAUUUGUGUAGAAACUGAAGCUUCUUGAUGAAGUUGAAAGAUUAUUGGGAGCUGCUUCACUGCUCAUUUAGGCAAAUUCUGGUGUCACUGUCCUUAGCUCUGAAGUGCGUCAGUGAAAUGAAUCAUCUCCACAGUGAACAAUGUUACUCUCUAUGCAGCAGAAUGUUGAUUAUUUUUCUCAGUUAGGCUAAUACUAGCCACAUUGUUACUACUUAAACAGCGUUUAAAUUUUAUCCUUAUCAAAUAUGCAUCACUUUGUUGCUUUCAUGAAAUGUGGAUUGCUAAAUAAUUUUGAGCUAGUAACCAGUUAUCAAUGAAUGUAAACAAUGAAGACCUCGAAAAAGAGUUCCUUCAUUUUCUCUAAAUGCGCUUCAAUUCCAUCUAAGUUGCAACCCAUACACGUUUAGAAGUUGUUAACAGCUCCAAACAGAGUAUAUUAAAAGUUUUGAAUUUGUAUAUAUGCUUAAAUGGUUUUACUUUGGGGGUGAAUUUAUAAUGCUGUGUGCUAAAAUAUUCAGUUGUUUAGGCAGUGUUUGUAGGUAAAGAUCUUUAUUGUAUCUUCCCAUAUAAAUGAAUCCAUUAAAAUAUGAGGGGGGUGAACUGGUGACCUACAACUCCACUCCCUUUCUGAGAGGAAGCCAGGAAGAAGGAUGUGUAUAGUGACUUACCUGGAAGAGUCUACGUCUGACAUUACUGGAUUUCCCAAAACUCCUUUGAGGGAGGCUCCUGUCUUUGAAGAAAGCUUUGCCUGUUAUGAUUGUGUACUUCAAGUUGUGUUUACAGUCCAAGAAUCCAGAGAUAUUCCCCAUGUUUUGUUGUUGAUCAGAAUCAGAAUGUUAAAGCAUUUUAUUAUUGAUCUCAUGCAACAAAUAUGGAAAUUAACCAUUUCAGAAAAUACAGCCAACAACUCAUUGGGAUACAUGGUAGUUCCAUUACUAUUAAUAGUGAUUAGUUAACCCCCUCCCCCGCUGAGGGG